AUGUCGGGUGAGACGUGCUCAAGACAAGAGGGCGUACCAGCGAUCCAACCCGACGGAAAGUCUCGGAUCGCGAUUCUUGCUCUGGGAAUAGCGCGCCGACCGAGAAAAUGGAAGCCAAUGCGAUGGCCUGACCAUACGCCAACACUGAUUAUUAUUAUUAAACCGUACAUUCUUAUUGGGCUUGUGUUUGCAGCCACAGAUGAGAACGGCGCCUCGAGCGCGCUACUGCAGCUCCGAUCCGCCAUCUUGGCUUGCCCAAAGAGGAAAUACUACACCUGUCAGUGUCCAAGUUUGGGUUUUGGUGGUGGUCCGGCAUCUUGGCACAUGGAUCAUGCAUGCCAUGCCACAUGGAUCAUGCCACACCACGAUCCUGAUAAGUCGCAUCUCGGCCAUAUAAAGCAGACUGGCUAG